CUGGAAGGAGACUUAAUGGAGCAGGACGUGGAAAGCCCUGUUACAAUUCAUCCACCCAAGUUGCCCAAACAGGCCAGAGAAGAUCUGCCAAAGCAUUUAAGCAAAGAGGAUGCCAAAAGAAAAAUCCAGAGGUAUGUUAGGAAAGACGGAAAAUGCAACGUCCACCAUGGAAACGUGAGAGAGACUUAUCGCUAUUUGACCGAUAUCUUCACUACCUUGGUCGACCUCAAGUGGAGAUUCAACCUUUUUAUAUUUGUCUUGGUUUAUACUGUGACUUGGUUGUUCUUUGGAUUCAUCUGGUGGCUAAUUGCUUACAUCCGAGGAGAUAUGGAGCACAUAGGAGAUAAGAAAUGGACACCCUGCGUUAGCAACCUCAAUGGAUUUGUCUCAGCCUUUUUAUUCUCCAUAGAGACAGAAACUACAAUUGGGUAUGGUUAUCGGGUUAUCACAGACAAAUGUCCUGAAGGAAUUAUCCUGCUUUUAGUUCAGUCUGUUUUAGGGUCUAUUGUGAAUGCUUUCAUGGUUGGCUGCAUGUUUGUAAAAAUAUCACAGCCCAAGAAGAGAGCAGAAACUCUGGUGUUUUCUACCAAUGCUGUAAUUUCUAUGCGGGAUGGAAAGCUGUGUUUGAUGUUUCGAGUUGGGGAUCUUAGAAAUUCACACAUUGUGGAAGCAUCAAUACGAGCCAAGCUGAUCAAAUCGAAACAGACAAAGGAGGGGGAAUUUAUACCUCUCAAUCAAACAGAUAUCAAUGUAGGUUAUUAUACUGGGGAUGAUCGACUGUUUUUGGUUUCACCACUGAUCAUCAGCCAUGAAAUAAACCAACAGAGUCCUUUCUGGGAGAUUUCCAAAACUCAGUUGCCCAAAGAGGAAUUAGAAAUAGUUGUGAUCCUAGAAGGAAUGGUGGAAGCGACAGGGAUGACAUGCCAAGCCCGAAGUUCUUACAUUACCAGUGAAAUUCUGUGGGGUUAUCGUUUCACACCUGUUCUCACCCUAGAGGAUGGAUUUUAUGAAGUUGAUUAUAAUAAUUUCCAUGAGACAUAUGAAACCAACACCCCAUCUUAUAGCGCCAAAGAAUUGGCAGAGAUGGCCAAUCGAGCAGAGUUACCCCUUACUUGGUCUGUGUCAAGCCAGUUAGAUCAGCAUGCAGAAAUGGAGGCCGGAGAGGAAGCUAAGAGCCAUGAAGAACAACAAGCAGAAAGGAAUGGUGAUGUGGCCAAUUUAGAGAACGAAUCCAAAGUUUAG